GGACCGAGCCUAGCAAGGGGCACCUGGUAUCCACUGUCCGUGCCACUGUCAAUCAAUUCAACCACGUGGCUACCUGUGUGAUCACCACCUGCCUUGGGGACCCAAGCUUGAUGGCCCAGGACAGGGCCAAAGUGGUGGAACAUUGGAUAAAGGUAGCCAAGGAGUGCAGAAGCCUAAGGAAUUUUUCCUCCCUGCACGCCAUCCUGGCCGCUCUGCAGAGCGUUUCCAUCGUUCGUCUGCAGGAGACGUGGGGGAAAGUCUGCAGGAGGCGCGCAGUUACAGUUAAAAAACUCUUCAAGGAAGACAACUCGUUGAGUAGGAAACAGUUCAUCAAGCAGCACUCCAGGUUUGCCACUAUGAUGCUCCACCUCCGAGGAUCCAGGAAGGGGCUGCACAAGAAGUGUGUUCCCUUCCUGGGAGAAUACCUGACACUUCUGCGGAGGAUGGACGCGAGGAGAAAAGAUGAUCUGGAGGUGGACAAAAUUCUGCAGGAGAUAGUGGUGCUUCAGGAGGCUGCCCAAAAAUAUGAAAUCCAACCUCAGCAGGAAUUCCGGGCCUGGUUCUGGGCCCUGGAGCGGCUCAGUGAGAAUGAUAGUUACAUCCGGUCCUGCCAGCUGGAGCCAUAGUCCUAGGUGGCCAGGGGAAAACUGAUCGAAGAAAUUCAUUGGUUUCCUGCAGAUGUGGAAAUUAUUCUGAACGUUAUAGCAGUUUCAUACACUAAAUGGGAACUAUAUUUUAAAAUUUACCCUUUCAUAUAUAGUCACAAUACC